UGGCUGCUGCUGUGGGGCUGCGCGCAGGCCGGGGCCGGGCUGGCCCAAGUCACCACCACCGCCUCUCCUGCGCCGCCGCCGCCGCGGGCAUGUUCAGAUUUUUCCCAGAAGUCCUGUGAAGAAUGUCUAAAAAAUGUCUCGUGCCUUUGGUGUUACACAAACAACACUUGCAUCGACUACCCCGUAAGAAGUAUUCUGCCAUCAUCUUCCUUAUGUUCCCUCUCAAAUGCUCGAUGGGGAGUUUGCUGGAUAAAUUUUGAGGCUCUGCUUAUCGCCAUAGCCGUGGCCGCGGGACUCAUCCUGGUGUCCCUUGCAGUCUGCUGCUGCUACUGCUGUUACUGCAGGAGGCGCCGCGCCAGGAGCAGAGCAGAGGAAGAAGAGGAAAGACUGGCAAGAAAUAAAGAAGAACGGAGGCUACAGUCUCUUCAGCGGAAACAUGAGAGAAAAAUGAAACAUGAUGAAAUACGCAGGAAGUAUGGUCUUCUCCAGGAUUCUGAUAAUCCCUACAGCAGAUUGGAGAAUGAGUAAAGCUGACAGCCUUCUAACAGAGCUCUGAUUGCAGACUACAGGAAGACUAUUUUUUGCUUUCUUUUGCCCUUUGGGUUUGUUUCCCUUCACCAAAGAUUGAUUGUUUUUAUCCGGUUAUACACCUGAGUGGAUGAAGACUUCCUUGAAAUACUUGUUUGCAUUUUAUUUCCUUCUGUAGAGCUAAUUUCUUAUAAGUGCUUAUGGGUAGUAAAAUGUUUGUUAAUUAUGUUGAUGUUUAAGUGUGAAAUGUUACCUUUUCACUUUUUAAAGCUGUCUUUUUGUCUGAUGUAAAUUGCUUAUAUUUGUGAUCAUGUAUUUGAAUUUCUUCUGAACUGCCAUUUGAAAACAGUUGUUGCUACUGUUCCUAAAUAAAGAUUUCUUUUUUUCCUACCCUGUCUAUUUUGUAAAACGACUGGCAACAAGGAAGCAAAGCUGCAUGCAGCAGAAGCAGCUGAUGUUGGUGCUGGCAGGAAACGGACACAUUCCUGUGGAGAACUCUUGGAUGAGGAUUGCUUUGUUUUCCCUUGAAAAAGAUUUUGAAGAUAUGUAAUGUGUGAGGGCUGGGGAGGGAGGAAGGUAUCUGUUAAUACAGACUUUGAUGCAGAUGUUAAUAAUAUAUAUGACUAUUUUUUCUUCACACCUGUGGUAUAUUCAGCAAUUUAGCAAAACUUCAUUUUGAAAUAUGUAGAAAUUUUGACUAGUUAUAUAUGUCUAAUUUUGAGAAGAUGCACCUGGAUGUGUGAACACUUUGUAAGCCUAGUCUUUUCAUUUAAAAAAAAAAGUUUCUUAACAGAAUCAGUAAGAAAUGUGGAUUUUCUUAACCUUGCAUUUUUGUGGCUUUUUUGUUUGUUUUGUUGUUUUUGUACUGUAUGUUCCCUCGAUCUUUCUUUUCAUAGAAAAUGUUCCAGUGAGUAUUUUUACCAUCUUACUGAUUUGACGACCAAGWGAAGAGCUGUUGUUCCUUGUGAUUCUGCACAUUUACUUUCCCC